CGGGCCGCGUCGGCCGGGCAUGGCAGCGUGGAGCCCGGCCGCGGCAGCGCCUUUGCUCCGCGGGAUUCGCGGGCUUCCUUUUCUCCACUGUGUCCACCGGAUGUUUGCCUCCCAGACUGAGGGGGAGCUCAAAGUGACCCAGAUUCUCAAAGAAAAGUUUCCUCGAGCUACAGCUAUCAAAGUCACCGACAUUUCAGGAGGCUGUGGGGCAAUGUAUGAAAUUAAAAUCGAAUCAGAAGAAUUUAAGGAGAAGAGAAUUGUGCAGCAGCACCAGAUGGUUAAUCAGGCACUAAAAGAAGAAAUCAAAGCUAUGCACGGAUUGCGGAUAUUCACCUCUGUCCCCAAACACUGACCACGCCUGGCUACGUAGAUGCUGCUACUGAAAACCUCCGUGAACUUGACUGACACCGUUCUGCCCUAGGCAUUUGCCAGAGAGUUUAUCUGUUUUGUUCAUAGACAUUUCCAUAUUAUAAUUAUAGAAAAUAUGUUAUCUAUUUAGGUGUUAAUUAAAGGCAACAGAAAACUGAA